GACAGGUCUUAUCAAUUUAGGAUUCUAGCAUAACAAAUAACCGUCGCCUUUCAUCUAUCUAUUAAAUCCGCCGUUAACAUGUUAUGAGGACAUUUUCUCUGUCUAGAGGACACAUUAUGUACUAGAUCCUUGUAAUUAGAGCUAAUUUAAAGGGAUUAAUUUAGAAUGGUCAAGCGAAGCAAUGGGACUGUGGAAAAUGAGAUAACGAACAUUGGACGUGACGAGGGGAUGGCUGAGUUUGGCUGGGGCCUCUCAAACGAAAUGAUUAAGAAGGCACGUCUUGAAUUGAAUGAAAUACCUCAACAGGUGAAAGAAUGUAUUGAAGAGGUCCGGGAGCAGAUUAAUACCAGACCUGAUAUUAAUUUCCUUCGCAAAGAUGAGGAAUUUAUAUUACGUUUCCUUCGUGCUAGGAAAUUUCAGACGUUUGAGGCAUUUAGGUUAUAUGCAAGAUAUUUCGAGUAUCGCCAACACAACAAAAACUUAUUUAAAAAAUUCCACGCAUCUGAGCCUGGGAUAAAAGAAGCUUUAUACGAUGGAUUUCCCGGAGUUUUGCCACAGACAGAUCAUAAUGGCCGCAAAAUUCUCAUCCUUUAUAGUCAAAAUUGGGACAACGAGAGAUAUGGACUCGCUGCAAUUUAUCGGGCAAUUUUAUUAACACUGGAAAAACUUAUAGCCUGUGAGGAAACCCAAAUUAAUGGAUUUGUACUGAUUAUAGAUUGGAGCAAUUUUACCUUCAAACAAUCAACAUGGAUUAACCCUAAACUGCUCAAGCUUAUGAUUGAAGGAUUACAGGACUGCUUCCCUGCCAGAUUUGGUGGAGUUCAUUUCGUCAGCCAGCCAUGGUACGUGGAAGCUGCCUUCAAGGUCAUCAAACCCUUCUUGAAAGACAAAAACUCAGAGAAAGUGAUAAUGCAUGGGAACAAUAUGACAACAUUACAUCAUCAGGUCCCCAUAGAAAUCCUGCCAGCGGAGCUAGGAGGCUCACAACCACCUUAUAAUACAGAGUCCUGGGCCAAGCAGUUGAUUGGUGACGAGAAUUUCAGUUUUGGAGACAAACAGAUAUACUGGCCUGACCUCCACCAUGGGAUGAAGAAUCGUUCUGAAACAUUUCCUUUAGACAGUCAUACAAGUGACGUGAAACCAAAUGAAAAGACAAGAGGUACUCAACUAGAUGAAGAGUUCUUUCUCAUUGAUUAACCAAUCAGAUGACUAGGAAUAUAUUGAGCAAAGGUGGCUUCCUGAUUGACUUUAUUUUCAGCAAGUGGCUUCCUGAUGAUUAACCAUCUUCCAAGACCCAAGUCUGACCCUUGCCCAGAAAGUGUUUGAUAGAAGCAGAUGUUACAUAAUUGAUACAUUAGAUUGUAUGUUUCAAAAAGGACUCUUAGUUGAGGCUACCAGGAUACCCAGUGAUAUUAAUGUAUAUAUACAGUUCAAUAGUUGGUUUUUGAAAUCAUAUUAUAGCUAUGUGGAAUUCUGUUUCAACAGUGUUCAAAUGAAGUAGGUUUAAAAGCCCCAUGAAAACUUAAUUGACCCUCAUAGAGUGCAAUUGAGUUCCAUGGGAACUGAAUCAAUGUGCCUCAUCGGACAAAGUCCCAUGGAGUGCAAGAGUAGCUUACUCUACAAUGUUAGUAGACUAC